AACACUGACACACACACACAGAAUGAGGACACACGGGUCCUCACACAGCGGCGUUGUGUCUGCUUUCUCACGAGGACGUUUCACCAGGACCCGAUUUUAAUGCAGCGGUGAAACUGGGACCGCAAACAUACACACACACACACACACACACACACAGACACCCGCGCGCGCGCUCUCUGCGGCAGUAAUCAUAUCUGAGAUAACGGGUUUGCAGUCGAGCACUUCAGCGUGUUCAGGACCUGACGGUCGAAUCGCGACAUUGUUUUGUCCUCGUUGACUCAAAGCAUUCGGGACUGAAAGAGAAACCCGUAAAACCGAGAAACAGCGCGCGCAGGAAGACAGACUCGGCACGCGUUGAUCGAGGCAGCGUAUUUUUAUUUUUUUUUUUUGCAGCAGCAGCAGCAGCACGAGCCGUCACUUCAGUCUGACACAGGCUUGAUUGACAGCUGGCUCGGUGGGAAAGAGACCUUGAGAGAAAGAUAGCGUCAGGGAAAGCGCUAUCGCCUUUCGUCUCGUCUUUCACAACAUGGCGUCCACACACACCCACACAAUGGUGGAGAAAAAGUACUGGAGUUGACUUUUUGUUCUUUAGCACUUCGCUGGCUUAAAGCCUUCAAUGUCCUCUCACAGCAGAAUCAGUCCUCAGGGCUGUGGACAGAACGGCUAUUUUUAGAGAAAGAACGGCCUCUAGAACUUUUUCAUGUCUGUUCGUGAGUCUGGAGGCCAUGGCACGGCCCUUGCUGAAGAUCCAGCGCUAUUUCCGCCGCAAACCUGUGCGCUUCUUCUCCUUCAUCCUCCUCUACCUCACAGCCGGCAGUCUCCUCUUCCUCCACCCAGGCUUCGCAGGAGAUUCGGGUUCCAGCGGUGGACGUGGCCCAUUAGCCUCAGUUGGGGGGGGUAUGGCUACGUCCACUGAAGGCUUGGGCAUCGUCAGGAGGGCAUUUAGUGACGUUCGAACCACACGAAGGUUAGGGCUCACCUGGACCAAAGCAAGAAGCAGAGAGAAAGAACCAGAGGAGGGCAGAGCCAAGUACAUCGGCUGCUAUGUGGAUCACACCCACAAGAGGGCGCUAAGAGGCAUCACCUUCUUCGACUACAAAAAGAUGACUGUCUUCCGCUGUCAGGACAACUGUGCUGAGAGGGGCUACUUGUAUGCCGGCCUGGAGUUCGGAGCAGAGUGUUACUGCGGCCACAGGAUCCAGGCAGCGAACAUCUCAGACAACGAGUGUAAUAUGCAGUGUAAAGGGGAGAAGAGCAAGAUGUGUGGAGGAGCAAACCGUCUGUCAAUAUACAGGCUGGAACUGAGUCAGGAGUCUGCACGGAGAUAUGGGAGUGCCAUCUUUAAAGGCUGUUUCAGGAGACCAGACAAUGUCACACUUGCACUUCCUGCUGCUGCUGUUAUUCACAACAUGUCUGUGGACAAGUGUGUGGACAUGUGCACAGAGAAGGAGUUUUCUCUGGCUGCUUUGGCUGGGAUUAAAUGCCACUGUGGUUUCCCCACCACCCUCUUCAAUCUGCACGAGCCUGAGGAAGAGGACCUGUGCCUUAAUCGCUGUGCAGCCAAGGACUUUGAGAGCUGUGGAAAUGACGAAUACUUUGUAGUUUACCAAACCCAAGUGCAAGACAAUCGAUGCAUGGACCGGCGGUUCCUGCCCACGCGUUCAAAAAGGCUGACGGCUUUAGCAAGCUUCCCCGGAGCCGGGAAUACUUGGGCCCGACACCUAAUUGAGUUGGCUACGGGAUACUAUACAGGGAGUUACUACUUUGAUGGUUCACUAUACAACAAGGGUUUUAAAGGCGAGAGGGACCACUGGCGCAGUGGCAGGACAGUUUGCAUAAAGACACACGAGAGUGGAAGGAAAGAAAUCGAGGCCUUCGACUCCAGCAUUCUGAUGAUCCGUAACCCCUACAAGGCCCUCAUGGCUGAAUUCAACCGCAAGUAUGGCGGCCAUAUCGGAUUCGCUUCUCAGGCUCACUGGAAAGGAAAAGAAUGGCCUGAGUUUGUAAAGAACUACGCACCGUGGUGGGCAUCACACACCCUCGACUGGCUCCAGUACGGUAAAAAUGUGCACCUGGUGCACUUUGAGGAGCUGAAGCAGGACCUUUUCAGCCAGCUAAAGCGCAUGGUUGUCUUCCUGGGCCUUGAGGUUUCAGAGGAUCGGCUGCUGUGCGUCGUGGCACAAAAAGAUGGCAACUUCAAACGCUCAGGCCUACGAAAGCUGGAGUAUGAUCCGUACACGCCAGAGAUGCGUCAAAAGAUUGACGAUCUUGUACGCAGUGUGGACCUUGCACUCAAACUAAGGAACCUUUCAGGGGUUCCAGAUGAUUAUAGACCCAGAUGAUACAACCUCACACUCUUUCCUCAUCUGGUCGUUUUUGUUUCUGUAGUUUCUUGCUUUCUUCCUGAGCGAAAAAAAAAACUGUUUACUUAUUUUUUGUUACGCAACCAAAAAAGACCUUUAGGGAGGAACCUUAAGAACACUAAGCCAGCACUUUGAGUUAGCAGAUACUGAAGGAAGAAAGGUUCCUGAAGGUCACGUGACAUGGAAGGCGAGACAAUCUGAUGACUCUAGGCAACUUACUAUGAGGGCUGUAGUGGGUUAAGCACUAGUUUUUUAACGUGUUGUCUCCGCACUGUGUGUGUGUGUUAUUUUACUUUGAAGUCACAAAGACAUGCUGUAUUGAUCACUACUAGGUCAUGUAACGAAGUGUGCAGCUGAUAUUUGGGCAUUGGAGUUUUGUCUUUGUUCGAUUUUAGAAACAAUUUAAAAAGAAAUAAUUAAUCAAAGAGAAAAAAGACAUGUAAUGAGCAGGAAUAUUGAACAUUUUAAGGUUUGCCAGUUUGCAAAAGGAUUGUAGGAGUAAAGCAAACAAACCUACAUAAAAGUUACACAUAGAUAUAAUCAGUUUGUUGUUUCCAUAACGUUCAUUCUAAGAAUCGGCUAAGAAUUUCAUUUUUAACUUGAAUACUUUCUCUGAAUUUAGUGGAAGGACGUGAUGAAAUAUCUGUUUCAGCACCAGUGGCAGUGCAGCCAGUAAAAGUAAAAUGAUCAUAUCUCACUUUAGGUUCCUUUGGUUACAGUGGUCUGUAAUUCAGUUAUUUCUCAUUCGAGAGAUUGAGCUCCAGUUAUCAGCUCAUUCGUUCAUGGUUUUAUGAAAAACAUUUUCCAGCAUUUUGGAGCCCACCAUACCACAUUUCUGUUUUAUAACAGUGUAUUUUUGUGUUUAUGUUUUAAAAAAUGCGAUGAAUUAAAGGUGUAGAAAAAGAAUCUUGUAUACAGACAUAGCAGAAGGUUUAAAACAGAUGCUGCUGACUUCCUGUGAACUCGACUUCCUUUCUGCUUUCUAUUUCUGGACAUCUCUUUCUGACUCUCACUCAGUUAUAACAAGUAUUUGCAAGACUUCAUUUUUAACAAUAUUGUUAAGUGUGAAGUUUUUUUUUUUUACUUUGGAAAGAACAGACUUUACAAAAGCAAAGAAAACAGCCUGUGCAAAAGCUGUCUUCUUCAGACUACAGAGAAACUACGGCCUUUCAUAUUCAAAAAGUGAUUCAUUAACAGCUGCAUGACUCCUAAGAUUAAUCACAUAUUUUUUUUCCUGCCUCAUUUCACUGAUUUGUGUUUCCAUUAUACAACUCUGUCACACUAACAACCCAUUCGUUAUCUUACUGUUACCAUGACACUGUGUGCCUUUGACAUUAUAGGCCUCAUUUAACAAAGUGAAUACAUACUAAAUGCAUGUAAUGAGAAUCACAAAUGUGAACUGUUUUUGAUUGACUUCAAAUUGUAAAGUGAUCGCUAAUGUGAUACUUUGCAUUUAUAUUUCAGACGCACUAACAAAUUUGAAUCAUAUUUAUUUCAAAGUUACACAGAUGUAAUGAACAUUUUGUGCAACUUAUUUCAUAUUUCAUAUCCAAAUCUUUAUUUUAUAUUAAUGACAUGAAAGAAAGGAAUCCAAAACAAAUGAAGAAAAUUAAAUUAAGACUUUUAAAUAAGACCAAAGUGAUGGUGCCUUAUUGAAGGAGGAAGAAUUUGUGUGUUUCUGUGGUAGUUGCAGUGGCUGAGCUGCAUUAGUGUAAUAUUUAGGAGGCACCUUUUCACAAUGUAGUUGUAAUUUGACCUUUUAGAGUUUUGUCAGUGGCUUUAAAUGUAAAUCAGCUGAACUAAGAAUGCACAUGGUACUUUAUCAACAUUUAUAUACAUGCAAAUGUGUUUAACAAAAAGCGUUGAAGCUUUUAAAAGUGGUAACAUUUACACACUGUUCCAUACUAACUUUACUAAACAAAUGAUUAAUCAGACCUAUUGGUUGUCUCUGUUGCAGUGAGUUUAACAAGUGGUUUGGUUUCCCGGAGCUUUAGAGUUUUAUAUGGUUAAGAAUUUGCCACCUUUUGCUGAAUUUCUGCUACACAAUCUGUUGUAGUUACUUCUCAGACACCAUGGAGCUUGUUCAGUUCAGUACUCGAACCGUGCAGCACUUUCACACAAAGAUAAAAAUUCAGUUUAAAUUCCUAAAAUCUGUGUGUUUGUUGAAUGUUGGAACAAGUCUCUGAGUUGUUCUCUGUUUGAUCUUUUCUCAUUAUUUUUAUCGCCAAUCCUUUUAGGCCAGUCCAUUGUUCCAGAUGUACUACUCCUGCAGCCAUUUUAGCCCUUUAGCUUGGUUACGUGUGUGUGAAACCGGAAUACCCGAAAACAAUCUAAACUUGAACAUUUUUACAAUUAAUUGUGUGAUUUUUUUUCCGUUAAAGGUGAAAAAUUCUGAACUCCUAAGAGGCCAUGCAUUAUUAUAUUUUUUCUUUCUUGUUUUCUCAUUAUCAAGACUUGAUAUUCUCAGCAUCUCAGCCUGUUUCUUAAGUUUGAGACACUUAUUUGGAAGUUGUCAUUCAGCGCUGCCUCAAGAAUGUGUUCUUAUGCCAAGAUCAAGAGAAAAAGAUAUAUCUAAUAAUACAUGGCCUCUUAGGAUGUCCAUACAAAAAAAAACAUAUGCUGUUUUUUUGUUGUUUUUUUUUUAAUUCCUGUGAACUCUUGUGCAUUGUAAAUAUCUCUUUUUGUUUCUUGCAUUCACAUUAGCUAGCCACAGUCAUGCAAGAAAGAGAAACAAAAUAUUACUAAAAAUCUCCUUAGCAUUGUUUCUGGCACACACAUACUUUGUAAGGCAUUAUUUAUAUUUGUAAGCUGAGGUCAAAAGAGUCCUCUUAAGAGAGUUUUCACUCCUAUUUUUUCCGACAGAUCCUCAGAAUCCCAGUCGAGCCGAAUGUAUUUUCAAUCGAAUGAAUGUAAAUUAAUGCAAACAAAUUAUGAUGACUACAAGUGUGAUCUUUUUUGUUGUUCUUUUUUCUUUCACUGUACACUGUCACUGUGGACAGACCUGGCUUUCCUUUCCUUGAAAACUGUAAAAAAAAAUGUACUACUAUUUUUGUACUUGCCUGAUUGAGACUGUACAGGACCUUGAGAAUAAACAGCUCUAAAUGCGAUCAUGCUCUUUACUGGCAUGACUAUAGGCUAAAAUACAGUGUUUAUUAUAUGAUAUAAAAGUGCAUACAGUAUAUUGAAUUUGUGUUACAAUAAACACACGAUAAAGCCAUGAAGAAAAAUAAAACUUACAUUUCUGAA